AUCUGUAGCAUCGGACACUUGUCAAGAAAAUAUUGGAGCUCUUAACUCUACGCCUCGAAAACAGUUUUAUUCCAUUUUCAAUUGUAUCAGAUUCACAGUUUCUUCAUAUUCCAAAUUUUCAAACCACUUGCAGCAAUUCGAAUCAGAUCUUCACACGAAAAAGAAAAGAAAAAAAGAUUCUCAAAUCGAAGAUGUCGACUGAAUCAUCAAGGGAAGAGAAUGUGUACAUGGCGAAGUUAGCCGAGCAAGCUGAGCGUUACGAAGAAAUGGUUGAAUUCAUGGAGAAAGUUGCAAAGACCGUGGAUGUCGAGGAACUCACCGUUGAAGAGAGGAACCUUCUCUCCGUUGCUUACAAGAAUGUGAUCGGGGCGAGAAGAGCUUCGUGGAGGAUCAUUUCUUCGAUUGAGCAGAAGGAAGAUAGCAAAGGGAACGAAGAACAUGUCGCUAUCAUCAAGGAAUACAGGGGCAAAAUCGAAACCGAACUUAACAAAAUCUGCGAUGGGAUUUUGAAUGUUCUUGAAGCUCAUCUGAUUCCAUCUGCUUCACCAGCUGAAUCUAAAGUGUUUUACCUUAAGAUGAAGGGAGAUUACCACAGGUAUCUUGCUGAGUUUAAAGCUGGAGCCGAGAGGAAAGAAGCUGCUGAAAGCACUCUGGUUGCUUACAAAUCUGCUCAGGACAUUGCCAUUGCUGAGUUAGCUCCCACUCACCCGAUAAGGCUUGGUCUUGCACUCAACUUCUCUGUGUUUUACUAUGAAAUCCUAAACUCGCCUGACCGUGCUUGCAGCCUCGCAAAGCAGGCUUUUGAUGAAGCUAUCGCCGAGUUGGAUACUUUGGGUGAGGAAUCAUACAAGGACAGUACACUGAUUAUGCAACUUCUCAGAGACAACCUCACUCUCUGGACUUCAGACAUGACAGAUGAAGCAGGAGAUGAGAUAAAGGAGGCUUCGAAGCCCGAAGGUGCAGAGUAAAAACUGAAGAAGUGGAAGUCAUUUUAUAAAGAUAGAGAAACUUCCUAGAAGGUUUAUGUGAUAAUCUGAGUGAGAGAUAGCUCAGGAUUCUUAUUAUAAGAUAACACUUUUUUCUAUUAUUGUUGUUUUGUUUGUUUGGAAACAAUUUGAAAACUACUUUGCGAUUGAUUCCUCUUUUAGGUUCCUCGAAAUUUGCUAUUUUCCUCUUAAUGAAAUUCAAAAACUUAUUUUCUCGGA